AUGCUCCUCCAGCCGAUGCUCCUCCUGCUUCUGGCCCCCCUCCGGCUGCCCACAGCCACUGCCGCCUUCGCCUCCACCUCCCCUUUCUCCCGGAGGGCCGCCGCCUCCGCCUCCCCUUUCUCCCGGGGCGCCGCCACCUCCACCUCCUCUGUCUCCUGGAGCGCCGCCACCUCCGCCUCCCCUUUCUCCAGGAGGGCCGCCGCCUCCGCCUCCCCUUUCUCCCGUGGCGCCGCCACCUCCGCCCCCUCUGUCUCCUGGAGCGCCGCCACCUCCGCCUCCCCUUUCUCCCGGAGGGCCGCCACCUCCGCCUCCUCUGUCUCCUGGAGCGCCCCCACCUCCGCCUCCUAUGUCCCCCGGAGCGCCGCCACCUCCGCCUCCUCUGUCCCCCGGAGCGCCGCCACCUCCACCUCCCGGACCUCCAGUAGCACCGCCGCCGCUGCAGCCGCCUCCUCGACCGCCCGUUCAGCAGACUCCUACAAGCACAGUCACUAUUACCCUCCCUCCCGCGACUGUUACAGUCACUGCCACAGUCUUCCCCGCUCCUAA